UCCCCAAGCCCAAACAAAUAGCAGUUCAUCAAACGUAAAAACGAAAAAAAAACCCAAACUACUUAGGUUUCCGCCAACCUUCCUCCAUGGCUCGCAAGCGCCGCCGCGCGGAACAGCGCACGCCGGCGCCAUCUCCGCCUCCGCUCCUUCGGACUAAAUCGUCUCAGCGGCAACCGGUGGUCGUCUUCGCCCACGGCGCCGGCGCCCCCUCCUCCUCUGACUGGAUGACCCGCUGGAAGGAGAUGGCGAAAGAUGCCCUGGAUGCCAUUGAAGUGGUGACAUUCGACUAUCCAUAUAUGUCGGGUGGUAAACGGAGGCCUCCCCCGAAGGCGGACAAGCUUGUCGACCAUCAUCUCAGUGUGGUGAAGAAUGCUGUAGCAGAGCAUCCUGGUCACCCGCUUGUUCUUAUGGGGAAGUCUAUGGGUUCGAGGGUCAGCUGCAUGGUAGCUAGCUCCGAUGAUAUCAGUGUUUCUGCAGUCAUAUGCUUGGGUUAUCCAUUGAAGGGAGUGAAAGGGGCACUGAGGGACGAGAUACUACUAAAGCUGAUGGUUCCAACAAUGUUUGUGCAGGGCAACAAAGAUGGCCUAUGCCCCUUGGACAAGCUUGAGUUAACUCGGAAGAAGAUGACCUGCAAGAAUGAACUGCAUGUUGUUGAUGGUGGUGACCACUCUUUCAAAAUCGGCCAAAAGUACCAAAAAUCUGCUGGAAUAAAUCAACAUGAUGUUGAAUUAGAAGCUGUUAAAGCAAUUGCACAGUUCGUCCAGAACUCCAUAGCAGAAAGCUUAACCUAGCUGUGCCUUCAAAAAUUUCUUAUAACAUCUAAUGGUAGGUUCCUGAUCCUAAGAUUCUGGCCUUUUCUUGGAGGGGAAAGAUUCUGGCUUUUGAACGAUCUAAUGUGAUCACGUACUUGGUUCGGUGACUGGUUACAUGUAAAACAAUGCUAUUCUCCCCCUCUAAAAUGUAAUAUGCUAGCUUGUAAUUAUUUGUGUUUUCUAUCAUGGAACACCUUUUUGCCUU